AUGGAAGCCAUUACCCAUCUUUUCGUGUACUCUUUCUUGUUCUCCCUGUUUGGAAUCUCCAUUGCACAUGACACUCUUACUCCAAGACAAUCAAUCAGAGACGGUGGCACUUUAGUUUCAGCUGGCGGAUCAUUUCAAUUGGGAUUCUUCAGCCCAGGUAAUUCCAAAACUCGAUAUCUGGGAAUAUGGUACACAAUUUCUUCGGAGACAGUUGUAUGGGUAGCCAACAGAGCCGCUCCGCUUAACGAUCACUCAGGAGUUUUAAAGGUCACUGAUUAUGGAGUUCUUGUGCUUCUUAAUAGCACCAACGGUACUGUUUGGUCAUCUAAUACAUCAACAACCCCACAAAAUCCAGUUGCAAAGCUCUUGGACACCGGGAAUCUUGUUGUCGGAGAUAGAAAUGAUGGUAACCCAGGCAAAUUUUUGUGGCAGAGUUUUGAUUAUCCUUGUGACACACACCUACCGGAAAUGAAGCUUGGAUGGAACUUAGUAAGUGGUUUAGAUAGGUUUUUAUCAUCUUGGAAGAGCACGGAAGAUCCUUCUCCAGGUGAGUAUUCAGUACGCAUAGAUCUUCGUGGGCUUCCGCAAAGGGUUAAUAUGAAGGGAGAUUCAAUAAAGACUAGACCAGGGUCAUGGAAUGGUCUUGGUUUUACGGGUCGUAGGUUAAGACCAAAUCAAGUAUUUGAUUAUGAAUUCGUGUUGAACGCGAAGGAGGUCUAUUACGAGUACAAACUCCUUAACACUUCGGUUUUCUCAAGAUUUGUAGUAAACCCAUCAAGCAUAACGCAACGAUUAAUGUGGAUGGAUCGGACACAGAGUUGGGAGACUUUCCUUACAUCGCAGGUGUUAGGAAAUUAA